UAGCUUUCACGCAUUAUAAAUUAUUUUAAAAUAAAGGUUCAGUCCCAGAUGACGAGACUGGUCGCUGUAAGCGCCAUCUCCUUCCUACAGUUUUGUCUCCCCCCCCGAAGAUGGUAUCACCCUGGGUCUUCCCCGCCUCCGCAGUUCGCCUCCAAUUUCAAAAUGGCGGCCGCCAUGGAGGGGUCUCUGCUGGCGGAUCGUCACGGAUGCUGCUGAGCGAACGUCAGCUUUUCUCGCUCUUGAACCUGAAUUCGACUAGGGGUUGGGCAGGGCAGUGGACGGCGUUGGGGGAGGCCUGACGAGAUUUAUAAAGAACUCUUCCUUUGAAUUCAUGGUGUUUCAUCCUAUAUACGACUGAGAUAUCAACUGUGGCUGACUGUGGGUAACUGAAACCGUGGAAAGUGAAACCUUGCAUAAGGGGGGACUACUGUACGGAGAGUAGAAGAGGAAAAAAAAGCUUUCAGAAGGCUGCAGGAGAAACAGUGUCAUUUGAGAACAGCCAGGUUUCUGUGAAGAUAAGCAGGUGAAGAACACCUUCAGAGCAGAGGUUGAAGUUGCAGAACCUUUUGGAUUGUUAUUGGACCAAAAAAAUGACAUCUAUUAUCAAAUUAACUACCCUCUCUGGGGUCCAAGAAGAGUCUGCUCUUUGUUAUCUUCUCCAAGUGGAUGAGUUUAGAUUUUUAUUGGACUGUGGCUGGGAUGAGCACUUUUCUAUGGAUAUUAUAGAUUCCCUGAGAAAGCACGUUCACCAGAUCGAUGCAGUGCUGUUGUCUCACCCUGACCCUCUCCAUCUGGGCGCCCUCCCGUACGCUGUUGGGAAGUUGGGUCUGAACUGUGCUAUCUAUGCAACCAUUCCUGUUUAUAAAAUGGGACAGAUGUUCAUGUAUGAUCUCUAUCAGUCUCGACACAAUACAGAAGAUUUUACACUCUUUACAUUAGAUGAUGUGGAUGCAGCCUUUGAUAAAAUACAACAGUUAAAAUUCUCUCAGAUUGUGAAUUUGAAAGGUAAAGGACAUGGCUUGUCUAUUACGCCUCUGCCAGCUGGUCAUAUGAUAGGUGGAACAAUAUGGAAAAUAGUCAAAGAUGGAGAAGAAGAAAUUGUUUACGCAGUUGACUUCAACCACAAGAGGGAGAUCCACUUAAAUGGAUGCUCCCUGGAAAUGCUAAGCAGACCCUCCCUGCUUAUCACAGAUUCAUUUAAUGCUACGUAUGUGCAGCCUAGGAGGAAGCAGAGAGAUGAGCAACUGCUGACAAAUGUCCUGGAAACACUUCGAGGUGAUGGAAAUGUGUUAAUAGCAGUGGACACUGCAGGCAGAGUUUUGGAACUUGCUCAACUUCUUGAUCAAAUUUGGAGAACUAAAGAUGCGGGAUUGGGUGUUUACUCAUUGGCCCUCCUAAAUAACGUCAGUUAUAAUGUGGUAGAGUUUUCUAAGUCCCAGGUAGAAUGGAUGAGUGAUAAAUUGAUGAGAUGUUUUGAAGACAAAAGAAAUAAUCCAUUCCAGUUUCGCCAUCUCUCUUUAUGUCAUGGUCUUUCUGAUUUGGCUCGAGUUCCUAGUCCAAAAGUGGUACUUGCCAGCCAACCUGACCUGGAAUGUGGAUUUUCAAGGGAUCUCUUUAUUCAGUGGUGUCAGGACCCUAAAAACUCAAUCAUUCUAACUUACAGAACUACUCCUGGGACUUUAGCACGUUUCCUAAUUGAUAAUCCUUCUGAAAAAAUUACAGAAAUAGAGUUGAGGAAACGUGUGAAGCUUGAAGGGAAAGAACUUGAAGAGUACUUGGAAAAAGAGAAACUGAAGAAAGAAGCUGCUAAAAAACUUGAGCAGUCAAAAGAGGCAGAUAUAGAUUCCAGCGACGAGAGUGAUGUUGAGGAAGACAUUGACCAGCCGUCGGCUCAUAAGACUAAGCAUGACCUCAUGAUGAAAGGGGAAGGCAGUCGGAAGGGAAGUUUCUUCAAACAGGCCAAGAAGUCUUAUCCUAUGUUUCCUGCCCCAGAGGAAAGAAUUAAAUGGGAUGAAUAUGGAGAAAUUAUCAAACCAGAGGAUUUCUUAGUGCCAGAACUUCAAGCUACUGAAGAAGAAAAAAGCAAAUUAGAAUCUGGCUUGACAAAUGGCGAUGAACCCAUGGAUCAGGAUUUAUCUGAUGUUCCUACUAAGUGUAUUUCCACGACAGAGUCCAUUGAAAUAAAAGCCAGGGUUACUUACAUAGACUAUGAAGGACGCUCUGAUGGAGAUUCCAUUAAAAAGAUCAUUAAUCAGAUGAAACCACGACAGUUGAUCAUUGUCCAUGGACCACCAGAGGCCAGUCAGGAUCUUGCAGAGUGCUGCCGUGCAUUUGGUGGGAAAGAUAUUAAAGUGUACAUGCCAAAGCUACAUGAAACAGUUGAUGCCACGAGUGAAACCCACAUCUACCAGGUGAGAUUGAAAGACUCUCUUGUCAGCUCCCUGCAGUUUUGUAAGGCGAAAGAUGCUGAAUUAGCUUGGAUAGAUGGUGUCUUAGACAUGAGAGUUUCCAAAGUGGACACAGGAGUUAUUUUGGAAGAAGGAGAGCUAAAGGAUGAUGGCGAAGACUCAGAAAUGCAAGUGGAUGCUCCCUCCGACUCCAGCGUCCUCGCACAGCAGAAGGCCAUGAAGAGUCUGUUUGGAGAUGACGAGAAAGACACAGGGGAAGAAAGUGAGAUCAUCCCGACGUUGGAGCCCCUGCCGCCCCACGAGGUUCCUGGACAUCAGUCAGUUUUUAUGAACGAACCCAGACUGUCAGACUUCAAACAGGUCCUGUUACGGGAGGGGAUUCAAGCUGAAUUUGUAGGAGGCGUACUGGUUUGCAACAAUCAAGUGGCGGUCCGUAGAACGGAAACUGGACGCAUUGGAUUAGAAGGCUGCCUCUGUCAAGAUUUUUACAGGAUAAGAGACCUUUUAUAUGAACAGUAUGCCAUUGUGUAAAGGACAUGAUGUCAAGAAGUAUCUGUUUGACCUUUCUAAGAAAAAAGGCUUCUUAUUCUAAGCUUUUGCUUUUUUGUUUCGUAACACACCAAGCAAAUUGCCAGAAAAACUUAACAUGCAUUAGAUUUUUUAAAGAUGUAAAUAGAGACCAUUUUGCUAAUGCUCAAAUGAGCAUUCUGUCUUUUGGCUUUCAGAGUGAUAGAGAUCCUAACAAGUGUGCAGGCCCGAGUGUUGAAGGUGAUGGUUUCCUUUGCAGACCCCUUAUUCUAGAAGGGCUUUUUACUUGAAACAAACAAUGCAACUUAGCAAACCAGUACAUGGCCUUAGAGAAACGUGUUUGCAUGAGGUCUUGCAAACUGUUUCUUACAUUUUCUGAAUGAAAAGUGAGAUUUAGAAAAGUUGUGCUAUUAAAAAAUAACUGAUAAAACAGUUUUUUGAGGCCUAUUUAAAAAACAAAAAGCAAAGAGUAUAUGCUAUAACUCUUCCUUUGAAUUCUAAUAUGCAGUUGUCUCCACGUGGAGCAUAUCUAUUCCAUGCCUGUAUUUCCCAGUGACUCAGUCUAGUGUGAGGUGGUACGCAUUUGGUUCAGAAGCCGAUUUUCAUUUCUCCCAUUUCUUGUUUUAUUAAGAUCGUGUUGUUCAAUUUGAAUUAUAACAUCAUCGUUUGGAUAGACAUAAUUCAGAAGAACUUGAUGUGUUACAGUCUUAAGGGUUCUGCAUACGUUUUAGACACAUCUUAACCAUCAGCUAGCUUACUGUAUUGGGAAGUGUUUAGUGCUCUGUUUUUAAGGAAACAAAUGUUGAACCUCACAUUUUUUUUUAUAAGGUAACAGUAUAAUUUAAUUAAAAGGUGUAAAUGUUUUCAUCUCUUAGGCUUGCUCAUCUCCUAACGCUGCCAAAGCACUGGUUGGAUUUUAUACACAUUACUACAAAAAUAACGCUCAAGUGUGAUAAGGUCGUCCUUUCCAUGAUCACGUCUCUCUUGGGGCUAGCAGCCCUGAUACAAUGUAAACCAUUUGUGUUUAAGAGUAAAAACUGAAUAUAUGCAAUUUUCAUUGAACUUAAAAAUGAAAAGUCUCGUCGUCCUGUUGUAAUCUGUUGCUGGAAUUUAUGGCAGACCUAGACGUUUAUUUCUCAAGUGUUUAAGCCCUCCUCUCUACACUUAGAAUUCUUAGAAAUCUCAGUCUUCUUUUUUAACUUAUGGAACUAUGUAUAGUACAAGUCAGUGACGUGAGAGUAGAAUUAUUACUUCAUUCUAUUUCAAAUGCUUACAAAGCUUUUAUUGUGGAUUAUGGCGCUAAUGCAAAGUUUACAGCCUCCCGACUCUGGAAACCAGAUGGACAAAACAAUGUUACAAAAGGUAAAGAUAACUAGUAUGUUUUCUUUGUAGGGCUUUGAAAAAAUUUCACUUAAACUCUUAUUACUGAAUAGCAUAAGCCUAGAAUCGUAUUUAUGUUCCACGAGAGAGAAAGUGUGGAUUUGUUUCAUGGCUUAAAGCAUCUGGUCAUACAUAUUACAGUGCAAUAUCAAUAUUGAAAAACCGUUUCCUCCCUAGCCUUGGGAAUUAGACUUUAAAACACUGCUUGAAGAUGCCGUGCUAACUCAUCUGCAGGAGCAAUACUCUCACCUGUUUCUAGAUGACAAUGUUACUAAAAUUUCUAAAACGGAGACGUUUGUUCAGCCUCACUUAAGAAAAAUAGAAACUUACAAAAGGACUGAGAGGUAAUCAUGAGCUGAAACGCACUUCCAGAUCUUUAUUGUUUAAAAGCAAAAUAAAUAAAGGUGGGCCGUCAGUUGAUAUCUGUAAAUAAUUUGGCUAAGAAGCAAUUUCUUUGUAGUAGUUGUUGCAGUGGGAUUAGAAAUGUCAAAUAUCAUUGCAAACUUUUCUAUACUUUCAUAAACCAGUAGGCGGUUUGAAACAGAAGUGAGGAAAUGAAUUUUCUAAGGAGAGGCAUUUACCUUGCUUUAAAAAAUUAAGAUAUCAUUCACGUACCAUAAAAUUCACUCCUUUAUAGUGUACACUUCUUUGGUUUUUAGUAUAUUUACAGAGUUGCGCAACCAUUACCACUAUCUGAUUCCAGAACAUUUUCAUCACCCCAAAAAGAGACUAUACCCGUUUGCAGUCAUUUCUCAGUCUCCCUUCUCCCCAGCCCCAGGCAACCAUUAAUCUAUUUUCUUUCUCCAUG